CGCAUGCGCGGUGUGCAGCACACAGCCAUUGCUAAAGAAACGGCGAUGUAGUUACAUUGGACCUCGUUAUAAACGGCUAUUUUUAUAGUGUUAGCUAAGACAGAUUAAAACAAUUGAUUCGGAUAACUUCCUCGACUGUCACCUUUUGCGGACCUCAAGAUACGACCGAGAGCUGCAAACAUCCCACAUCAUCAUCACCAUCAGUAUUUGUUUACAUCUGGGCGUAUUUGAUACAAAGUUAUCUAUAUAGUGAAGCUGAUAUCAUGCUGGGCGAUGCUUUUGGACAUCGUGUUGACUCAAGCGUGGAGAAUAAAGCAAUGAAGAUAAGUAGAUCAAAACAAGCGCUCUUGAAGAAGAGAGGACGAAACGUUCACAGUAAACACAACAAAGCAUCAGCAAACAUCAACAAAAGAAGCUUUAAAUCCCCAUUAACCACCCAUGAAGAGCUCAAACCAGCUCAUUCUAAACCAGCCACGAAUAAACAGCAGCUGAAGUCAAAAACAGAAUGUGAUGAACGAGGAAGCCAGUCCAGCAGAGCAUCUGUCCACAGCUCGAGCAGGCUUGAGCAAACCACAGAGAACCUGAACAAACGAAGACAGUGGAGCAAGCAAAGAAACACGCCAGACAACACUCAGCUUGCCAAAAGACACCAGAACUCCAUGAACACAGAGAAGAGCCCGCUGUACCCGGCUGAGGGCCUCAAGAGGGUGAACGCUUACCUUCCUGAGCUUUCAUCGGAGGCAGAUAAGACGUAUGCUGGAGCAAAGUUCAGCGAGCCGCCCUCACCCAGCGUCCUACCCAAACCACCCAGGCACUGGGUGGGAGAUUGUGUUCUCCAACAUACGGCUGCACAGCACGACUGCAGCAAAGAGCAGAUGUCUGAGCACCUGAAAACCUUGCUGAAGGUCCACGCAGAACCCUGAAAAAGAAUGGGACUCUUUAGUACAUGAUACGGACUUGUAACAUCUUGUUGCAAAGAACUAUUGAACCUUCCAGUUGUUUCGGAAAGCAACCUUGAGUUAAACGUGAAGACUUGUGGAAGUGUAAAAAUACUGAGUCUGAGAUUUAAUAUGUGUAUAUUUUUUCAUGUUAAUUUACUUGAAAAACCUAUUUACUUUUGUUACUGAAACUCAUAGUGCUGUAUCAUGUUUUUUUUUUUUUGCAUUCAUGUAACACCAGUAUAUGUGUUUGAAAGUGUCUUCGACAAUAGCCAUGAAGAAUUAGACAGCUGAUUGUAAGAAAAUGUUUUUUUUUUUUUGUUUGUUUUUUUUAAACCUUAUAUUGAAGCACAGUGGACAGCAACUUCUUAUGUCAAUCUUCAAGCAAUGAUAUGUUUUAUGUCAAUUGCAGUUUGUUUUUAAUUGACUGAAGAAUGUACCAUUUUGUACAUGUCUGUUAGUGUUGGGAUGUCACGCUUGAUUUUAAACUCUUCAAACUCAUUUUCUCACUGCCUUUCAAUGACAGUCUUUUGUAUCAUCUGCAUCAGUUCAAAAGGAAAAAAAAAUAUACAAUAAUUUUUAUCUUUUUAUUCUGCUCAUUUUGAAAUAAAGAGUUUUGGUCCCCAAA